AUCAACAUAAGUUUGAGUAUUUUAUUCUCAGCCAUCAUGGCUACAAGACGCCACAAGUUAUCGAAUAUCUUAGCAGUUUUAUUACUGUUGAGCGGGGUAGUCGCUGUUGAUCAUAGUGUAUUUAAAACAUGCAGUCAAAGUGGAUUUUGUCGGCGAAACCGUCAGUUCGAGUCUCAGGAGAGCGCUUUCGUAUUGGACAACAACUCUAUCAAAAUUCGGAACAAUGUAGUAAUCAUGAAUCUGCAAGAUACCGCAAACAAUCACUGGUAUACGCUGGGCUUGAGUUCGGUUCAUGAGAAUAUUUUUCGUUUUGAAAUCGACGAGAAGUACCCACUUAGAGAGCGUUAUCGCGUGACUGAUGCUAUGGUAAAUGAUUUAAAGGCCCGUAAUGUUUUGAUUGAAAGUUCAAAAUCCGACAUUACAAUUCGAGAUGGCAGUAAAAGGGCAGCGAUUCAAGUAGAUCCAUUCAGGAUUGAUUUCUACGACCAGGAUAAACUGGUGGUUUCCGCCAAUGCCAAAGGUAUGCUGAAGUUUGAACAUUCUAGGCCUAAACCUUCGAAUCCUGUGGAAGGUGAAUGGGAGGAGGAAUUCAACGGUUUCGUUGAUAGUAAACCCAGAGGUCCAGAAUCUGUGGGAAUAGAUUUCACGUUUCACAAUGCUGAAGUAAUGUUCGGAAUUCCAGAGCAUGCAGAUGAUUUUGUGCUUAAAGAAACAAUCCGUGAGGAAAGCGAUCCCUAUCGUUUAUAUAAUUUGGAUGUGUUUGAAUACGAAGUAGAUAGUAAGAUGGCACUAUAUGGGGCGAUUCCUGUGGUGUAUGGUCAUGGACCUGCUGGAACGUCCGGAGUAUACUGGCAAAACUCUGCCGAAACGUGGAUUGACGUUUCCUACGUGGACGACUCAUUUGUCAAUAUUUUCUCAGAAAGUGGCAUUCUCGACGCUUUCGUGAUGUUGGGUCCUUCGCCGAUUGAAACAUUCAAACAAUAUUCCUUCCUCACAGGAACAGCACCGCUGCCACAGAUGUAUGCUCUUGGUUACCAUCAAAGCCGUUGGAACUAUGACAAUGAAUCAGAUGUUGCCUUAAUUGAUCAGAAGUUUGAAGAGUACAACAUUCCACUGGAUUGUGUUUGGCUGGACAUUGAGUACACCGAUGGAAAACGUUACUUCACGUGGGACUUGAUAAACUUCCCUUACCCUUUGGAGAUGAUAAGCAAUCUGACAUUGAACGGACGCCAUCUGACUUUGAUAAUUGAUCCACAUGUUAAGGUAGAUGAAGAUUACUUUUUCCACCAAGAUUGCACUUCAGAAGACUAUUACGUAAAGAGCAAAAAUGGUGAAGAUUACAAAGGUGAUUGCUGGCCAGGGCUGUCAAGUUACACGGAUUUCUUGAACCCUGAAGCCCGCAAAUACUACGGUGAUCAGUAUCUUCUGAAUAAUUUCAAGUUAUCAACGCGCGAAGUAGGUAUAUGGAACGAUAUGAAUGAGCCAUCGGUGUUCAACAGUGUAGAAGUCACUAUGCCAAAAGAUAACUUACAUUACGGUGGGUGGGAACACAGAGAUUUGCAUAACAUAUUUGGAUUCUAUUAUACUAUGGCAACUUAUGAUGGACUCACGCAAAGAAACGAAGGGCUCUACAGGCCAUUUGUUUUAACGAGAUCGUUUUUUGCUGGAUCCCAGAGAUAUGCCGCAGUUUGGACUGGAGAUAACACAGCUUCGUGGGACCACCUGCGUGCAUCGAUUAAGAUGUGCUUAUCGUUAUCAGUGUCCGGAAUAAGUUUCGUUGGAGCAGACGUUGGAGGAUUUUUUGAACAUCCCAGCGGUGAACUGAUAUCUCGUUGGUAUCAGUUGGCUGCAUUCCAGCCAUUCUAUCGUGGUCAUGCUCAUAUGGAUACACCUCGUCGAGAACCAUGGAUGUGGCCUGAAGACGUACAGGAGGCAACAAGAGAUGCCAUUCAAACACGCUACCGAUUGUUACCAUUCUGGUAUACCUCAUUUUAUGAACACGAGCGCGAUGGAGCUCCGAUAAUGCGUCCGAUGCUUGCUCAGUAUCCAAAUGAUCCUCUCACUUUCAGAAUUGAAAGUCAAUAUCUGCUUGGAGAUCAACUACUAGUAGCACCCGUACUCUACCCCAACCAGGAAACUGUAACUGUCUAUUUUCCAAGAAAACAAGACGGAACGUCUGACGUUUGGUAUGACAUUGAUAACAAUCAGAUGUUCGACCAUGCCGGGUUCGUGGCAGUUCCUGUUGAUGAACUCAAGAUUCCAGUAUUUCAACCAGGGGGAACAGUUGUCCCAACCAGAAGAAUCGUCCGAAAAUCAAGCAUGCUGAUGAGAGAUGAUCCUUAUACGUUGCAAGUUGCCCUAGAACGCAAUGGUAGUGCACGAGGUACAUUGUAUGUCGACGAUGAGGAGAGUAUGGCGUAUCGUCAUGGCAGUUAUAAGUACACCGAAUACAUUUUCAGAAACAACAAACUUAUGUCUAGAAACAUUGAUGCAACAGCGGUUUAUAAAACCGACGUUACGAUUGAAGCUGUUAUCAUAGUUGGGCUUACAGAUGGAAUAUCAUCUGCGAAGGUACACUCUCAGCAUCGGAAUGUUCGUAUGUUCGAUGUUGAGCCCACUGGAAACGUUCUGGCCUUGGAUAAUCUGCAUCUUGAAAUUGAUGGUGAUUGGUGGAUCGAGUUUUCUUAGACUGUCAGAUAGGCAAAUGUUUAUAAUAAUCUAGACCUAAAAUAUAUCAUAAUCUAUU